AUGAUAGCCUCCGCUAGUUACGAUGGUCAAAUACGAAUAUUUGAUACAGAAACAGGCCAAUGUCUGAAAACUUUGAUUUAUGAUAGAGGUGGGUCUUCGUCGCCGGUUUCCUAUGUUAGGUUCUCACCAAACGGCAAGUACGUUCUGGCUAGUUCUCUAGACGGAAGCAUCAGAUUGUGGGAUUAUAUGAAUAACAAAGUGGCAAAGACUUUUACAGCUGAUAAAGAACCUAUCGCCGAAAAAUAUACUUGUGGAACAAGAUUCCUCUUGUUAGACGGCCAGUCGCAGCCCUUGGUGGUGUCAGGAUCUGACUCCGGCAAGAUUUACAUUUGGGACGUGCAAUCCAAGGAUAUACUGAGUGUUUUGAAUGGAGGCGAUGAAGACUCUGAUAGUAAUUGCCCUGUUUUGCAAGUUGAUGCAUUUGAUAAUGGUGUUGCCCUUGUCUCGGUGUCUCGUGAUGGUGUCUUGAAGGUCUGGGACUUGAUAGACAAGAAAAAAGACGUCGAAAUGGAGUGA